CGCCCUGCCAGCCGCCCACCGCGGGGAAAGCCCCGGAGGCGGAGCUCCUCCGCCCAGCGCCCCCGCGCCGGGACCCGGCCCUCAGUCGCAGGGGCCGCCAGGAAGGUCUGCAGAAACCGAAAGAAAACCCAGGAUGCCGGGCGACGCGGGGCGAGCAAGGGGCAGGCGGGCCAUGGCCCGACGGGCUGAUUCGGUUCGGCUCAGCGGUGCCAGUGCCCUCCGCCCGCCCCAGGUCACCGGUGAAACAGAUGAGCUGCUAGACAGCCCCUCCCCCUCCAAGACUCUUUCACUUCCCUGGCUUCAGUCACACGGCCUAGGGAGAGUCGCCAUGCCUGCCCCAGACACGCUCCAGCCGGGGCAGCCACCAAUGGACGCCUCAGCCCAUGGGGGCGUGGCCGCCCGAGGAGCUGGCAGUGGGCUCGGGCGACCCUGACGUCACGACCGAAUCACCCGCAAGCCCCCGAGGUAUUUACCUUCGAAAAGUGGCGGCGGCUGCAGGUACCGGAGGAGUGGGGCGGCCGAGGCUCCAGGGAAUGCCCUGGCUCUUCUACCCAUACCCAACAGGCGGAUCCAAAAUUCUUCCCUCCUCACCAAACCCUUCCCGAUAGGAUUAGCCCUCCCUCAUCUCUAUUCUUAACUUAAACCCUACUUUUGAGGGUUUCAGUCUUCAAAAUUUAAACCGCAAAUACCGUCUCAUCCCUGAAUACUCAUCUGCAACCCUAAUCGCGCACUUUCAAGUCCAGCCGCCCCCCAUUUUCAUCCCUGAACUCCCAUGCUCAGCCCUGAAAACUAUAUUCUCAGCUCCUAACACUCAUCCAUAGAUCCCACCCCAAAUGACCCUCAAACUCCCUCUCCCCAAUUUGUGACCCAGCCCCAAACUCUCUCACCACUACCCUGUCCCUCACCAUAUAUCUCUUCCUCUGCUCAGUCUGGGCCCAGGCCCUGUGCCCCUGAAGACAUGGAGUUUGUGUCUGGAUACCGAGAUGAGUUUCUUGAUUUCGCUGCCCUCCUCUUUGGCUGGUUCCGAAAGUUUGUGGCAGAGCGCGGAGCUGUAGGGGCCAGCCUUGAGGGCCACUGGCGGCAGCUGGAGGCCCAGAUCAGAAGGCUGCCCCAGGACCCUGCCCUUUGGGUACUGCAUGUCUUGCCCAACCGUAAUGUGGGCAUCAGCCUGGGGCAAGGGGCAGAGCCAGGCCCUGGACCAGGCCUAGGGGCUGCCCGGCUCCUGGGAGAUGAGCCUCCACUCCACCUGCGAGACCUGAGCCCCUACAUCAGCUUCAUCAGCCUAGAGGAUGGGGAGGAAGGGGAGGAGGAGGCAGAAGAUGAAGAAGAGAAUGGAGAGAAGAAGGCUGCAGACACAGAGAAGGUAGAAACAGAGGAGGGUGGGGAGCCAGCCCCUACCAGCAAUGAGUCCCCCCAGGAAGCAAACCCUCCAGGGGAGGCAGAGGAGGCUGAGCAGGAGGCAGGAGGUGGUGAGGACGGCUGCCGAGAGGACAGGGUGGAGGAUGAAACGGGACCUGAGAAGAGGAAGGGACGGAGAAGUGAGGCUGCACCCCUGCACCUGUCCUGCCUCUUACUGGUGACGGAUGAGCAUGGCACCAUCUUGGGCAUUGAUCUGCUAAUGGAUGGAGCCCAGGGGACUGUCUCCCGGGGCUCAGGGACUGAGAACUUGGCUUCUCGGGCCUAUGCUCUCCUCUGCCACAGCAUGGCCUGCCCCAUGGGCUCUGGGGACCCCCGAAAGCCCCGACAGCUUACUGUGGGAGAUGCCCAGCUGCAUCGAGAGCUGGAGAGUCGGGUCCCAAGGCUGGGCGUGAAGUUAGCCAAGACCCCAAUGCGGACAUGGGGUCCCCGGCCAGGCUUCACCUUUGCUUCCCUUCGGGCUCGAACCUGCCAUGUUUGUCACAGGCACAGCUUUGAAGUGAAGCUGACACCCUGCCCCCGGUGUAGUGCUGUCUUGUACUGUGGAGAGGCUUGUCUCCGGGCUGACUGGCGGCGGUGCCCAGAUGAUGUGAGCCACCGAUUUUGGUGCCCAAGGCUUGCAGCCUUCAUGGAGCGGGCAGGGGAACUAGCAUCCUUGCCUUUUACCUACACUGCAGAGGUGACCAGUGAAACCUUUAACAAGGAGGCCUUCCUGGCCUCUCGGGGCCUCACUCGUGGCUACUGGACCCAGCUCAGCAUGCUGAUUCCAGGCCCUGGCACCCCCAGGCACCCCCGGGGCAACAUGCCAUCCCUCAGCCUUCUUCUCAGUGGAGAUCCCUACCAGCUUCUCCAGGGGGACGGGCCUGCCCUGAUGCCUCCUGUGCCCCCAGAUCCACCCAGAGGCAUCUUUGGCUCGUGGCAGGACUACUACACAUGGCGGGGCCUCAGCUUGGAUUCCCCCAUGGCUGUGCUUCUCACCUACCCGCUGACGGUGUACUACAUCAUCACCCACCUGGUGCCCCAGUCCUUCCCUGAGCUCAACAUCCAGAACAAACAGUCACUGAAAAUACAUGUGGUAGAGGCUGGGAAGGAGUUUGACCUUGUCAUGGUAUUUUGGGUAAGCCUCCCCAGGCCUGAGGGUUGGGCGUGUGGGUGUGGGGGUAGACACAAGGUGGGACCCAGAUCUGUCCUUCUCUCUGUCCUUCAGGAGCUCUUGGUCCUGCUCCCCCACGUGGCCCUGGAGCUGCAGUUUGUGGGUGAUGGCCUGCCCCCCGAGAGUGACCAGCAGCAUUUUACCCUGCAGAGGGAUGGCCCUGAGGUGUCUGUCCGUCCUGGUUCCGGGGUAUCAGCACGGCUCAACUCUGGGACUAAGGAGAAGGGGGGCCGCAGGGACCUGCAGAUCAAGGUGUCAGCGAGGCCCUACCACCUGCUCCAGGGGCCCAAGCCUGACCUGGUUAUUGGAUUUAACUCUGGCUUUGGUCUCAAGGACACUUGGCUGAGCUCUCUGCCCCGGUUACAGUCCCUCCGGGUGCCGGCCUUCUUCACCGAGAGCAGCGAGUACGGCUGUGUCGUGGACGACCAGACCAUGGCGGUGGCCACCGGCGGGGGCACCAGCCCUCCUCAGCCCAACCCCUUCCGCUCCCCGUUUCGCCUCCGAGCGGCCGACAACUGCAUGCCCUGGUACUGCAACGCCUUCGUCUUCCACCUGGUCUACAAGCCUCCGCCGGGGAGCGGGGCCCGCCAGGCGCCCGGCCCGGCGCCCCCGGCCCCGACGACUCCCGCCGCUCCUCCCGCGCCCACCCGAAGGCGCCGAGGGGAAAAGAAACCCGCGCGGGGGGCCCGCAGGCGGAGAUGAGCGCUGAGAACGUAGCAGUCCACCCCCUUCCCCAAACGCCUCCGAAAGGAAAACAUGAAAACACGCAAAGCCGAGGGGGAGGACUGGUGGGCGGAACAUGAAAAGGUAAAUAAAAUUGCUUGUUUGAAA